GCCUAGCCUGAGAGAAAGGUAGAUCUACUAGGUACUUGUCAACUAAAAAACAUGUCGGGAUAUAGGAAGAGAGAUUCGGGCAGGACUAAGGAUUUGACUGAAAGAUCAUCCCUGCUGCAGUCAUAUGAUGAAACUAGCAGUCUGAACAGUGAUACUUUUAGUGAUAAUUUGGGUGGAUGUAGAGCUUCAUGUGCCAGGCGUCCAUUGCCCCAAGGAAAAGGAUUGCUGUUGUUAUUGUUUGUUUACUUUCUUGAGAGUUUUGCCCUUUAUUGUGCAACGAAAGGCAUCCGGGAGCUACUCUUUAAAGAUGAAAGCAAGCAAGUUUGGGGAAGUUUUGUAUACUCACUUGUGUACAACUCUCUUGGUCGGCUCUUUUAUCCAUUGGCAGGUGUUCUAGCUGAUACUUUUUGGGGAAGACACAAGGUUAUCAAAAUUGGACUGUGGCUAAUUGCUUUUGCAUUAGGCUUCAUUUGCAUUAACCUUUCUGUAAUCAUAAUCAAUCGUGAUUUAAAGGUUGACUCGGAUGAUUUAGUUGGCAGAAUAUUUCUACCAAUCAUAUGUAUCUUAUUGAUUGCUGUUGGUUCUGCGUGUGUUGAGGUCAAUGCUGUUUCCUUUGGGGUUGACCAGUUGCCACAAGGUUGCACAUCAGAUCAGAUAAGUUCUUUCUUUUUUUGGUAUAUUUUUGUUAGAAAUGCCAGUAUAUUGUUGGGAAUCAUUGUAUUUAUAAUGCUACGAAGCGUCCCACGAUUUUAUUCCUUUCAAAAUGGCCACUACUACUACACAUCCCUACAAAAACUGAUUAUAUCAAUCGACAUUCAUUACAAGACUCUAAUUGUUAUCUUAAUAGCUGCUAGUGCUAUUGUUUGUAUUCUACUUUUGCAUAUUUUCAAGCAUAAUUGGUACUUCAAGAAUUUUCAACGUGAAAACCCAGUCAAGACAAUCCUUAACGUCAGUUGGUACAGUUUAACUGUGAAGAGACACCUUCCCGUUUACAGGAGAACAUUUCGCUACGGAGAAGCUAGACAGCCUCGAUUUGAGCUGGCAAAAAAGGAAUUUGAUGGCAUAUUUGAGGCUGAAGAAGUUGAAAAUGUGAAGUCCUUCUAUCAAAUCCUGUUUCUCAUAUUGUCUAUGGCUGGAUUUUGGGCGUGUAAUGGUGGGGCCUCGUCGAUGCUCGCAUAUCAAUUUGUAGAGUUGAAGCUGAGUAAAUCAUACGAUAUUAUAGCUCCCUAUCUCAAGGAUUUGAUCAACGCUGGUACCAUUGUUAUAUUCCUUCCUUUCUUCAAUCACAUGGCCUUGCCUUUCCUCCCUCGUUUGAACAUGUCCUUAAAAUUCAGGCUGGCUAUUGGUCUAAUUCUAAACCUCAUAGCAAUUCUGAUAUUUGUAUUCCUUCAAGCAACUGUGGAGAUUAAUGGAUAUGGCUCUGGGAGUGAGAAGUUUCUUUGGCUCCUUUUCCCUACCAUUGUACUUUCAGUAGCAGAGACUAUCACAGCAGUAUCUUCAUUGGAAUUCAUUUAUGCUCAAGCUCCAGAGCCCAUGAAAGGACUUCUAACUGGACUGUUCUAUUUCAUGUUUGGAGUAUCUGGUGGCAUCUCCAGCAUUGUGUUUUACUUUGUCCCUACUGAUUGUCAAGAAGUCAACUACAUUUUAUGGUUUUACGUCUUUCUCACAAUCCUUGCUGCUCUAGGAUUAUUGGCGUUUACAAUUGUUGUGUGGCUCUAUCGAAACCGUCGCAGACCAGCUGUGGAUGAAGAGGAUUUGAUAAACAGACUACAUGCACAAAAUGUUUAUUUUCCACAAUAGUUUGGAUGUGCCUGCAUGUUUUUACACUAAAUUUAUGGAGUUCCUACUAUAAUCUAUAUAAUUAGAUCUAUUAGGGUUUUCAUGUUAACUUUGUUUGUGAUAGUAGAUCUACUAUUCAAGACAAAUCAACCAAGAGCUCCUCCCCUCCCAUCCUUCAAGGUAGAAUAUAUAUUAUCUACUUUGUGACAGAAUACUAAUCAAUAACCAGGAACAAUUGCUUCUGCCACAGCUAGUAAAUCUAUACAUGUCAUAUACCAUGGCUGAGUCUAGAGAGAGGGAUUCACAAAGUGUGACAAGUUUGAACAGAAUAAGAUCUAGUACAGCUGAAGACGUGACCGAGAACUCCCCUCUUAUACAAGAAGAGGACAAUCCAAGUGUUGACAGCAACGCAAUUAGUGCAAGGACUUUAUUAAGCCACUGUCAGCCAUCUUGUGCUAGGCGUGCUCCACCUAUUAAUAAAGGGUUGUUGCUUGUAUUCUUCAUUUACUUCAUUGAGGCGUUUGCUUUUUAUACUUCCGUCAAAGGUGUCCAAGAACUGCUCUUCACAGACAACAAAGAUCCAACAUUUGGUAAUUUUCUUUACACUCUUAUGCUCCAUUCUUUAGGCAGACUCUUCUACCUUGUGGGUGGCGUUCUGGCCGACUCAUUCCUGGGAAGAUUUAAAGUGAUUGAGAUUGGACUGUGGCUAAUUUGGGCUGGAAUAGGACUCGUUAGCUUCUCAUUAUCGGUAACUGACAUAAUUGACUCACCUCUAUGUAGCAUCAUUAUAGCUACUAUCUGUAUUAUCCUUAUCGCAAUUGGCUCUGGAAGUGUCGAAGUAAACAUCAUCUCAUUUGGUGUGGAUCAACUGUCACCUGGUUGCCCCUCAGAACACAUCAGCUCGUACUUUCAUUUGCUAUAUUUCGUUCGAAAUGCUGGAACACUCCUGGGGGUUGGUCUUUUUAUUGCACUAUCUACCUUUUAUCGAACAAAAGUGGAAGAUGCAGUCAAAAAAGCCGACCUUCAUUUUAAAAGCCUCUUACCAAUUAUGCUGGGAUCUUGUUUGAUCACCAUCUGUUUAUUCUUUCACAUUGUCAAACAUCGCUGGUAUUUCAAGAAUUCUCGGUGUGAUAGUCCAAUCAAAUCUGUUGCUAACGUAAGCUGGUACUGCCUAACUGUUAGGCGACAUGCUCCAAUUCAUAGGAGAACAUUUCGUUAUGGUGAACCACGACAACCUCGAAUUGAGCUGGCAAAAAAAGAGUUUGAUGGAAUUUUCGAAGCUGAAGAAGUUGAGAAUGUGAAGACAUUUUACCAAGUAUCGUUCCUAAUACUUUCUUUAGGAGGAUAUUUUAUAUCAUAUGGAGCGGGAAGUAAAUUAUACAUAUAUGUUAUUACUCACGCAAAAGGGCUCGAGUUGUAUUAGCGUACAGCACGAGGGCAUGACUACUUAUUGCUGAUUGUGUUGUGUAAGGUUAAAGGACCAUUACCUAUAAUGGACCAAUCAGAUUGCAAGAUUCUACCGACUGCAUUGGGAUUUGGCACGCAUUAAUGAACUCCAGUUUCUUAUAAAAGAUGCAUGCAAGCUAAUAUAGGGUGUAGAUCUAGUGGUGCUUUAGGUUGAAUCGGUCUGCAUCCUGGGUAAUACUGUAUAGGGAUUGGAAACGAAAUAACAUCCGCUUAAUUUACCUGCGGUUCAUUCGAGGCUGUCUAAACAAGCCAAAGUUGUAGAUAGGUGUGGCUCGGCUAGCCAAGCUGAUGGCCUAUUUCUUUCUACACACAGUUCCAUAAGCAAAAGUCCUUAUUCUGUGCAACUUAAAAUCUAUUGUAGUACAUGUAGCAUGUAGUUAUAACCAGCAACGCUAGCUAGAAGACUUUAAAAUAACACUUGGAAGCAUAUAACUCUACUUUUUACUGGGUAUGGUCAGUCAUUAGCAGCAAGUACUACGCGUGGCUCACAGAAUAGGCGUGUUUUAAAUUGCUGAAAGAGAUGAUGUCUGUAACACAACUUUCUUAUUUUGAGCACGGCAAAAAGCCUCAUUUUUCAAGGGCGAAAAGCAGAUAGUUUUCGAGGCUUCAUUACAGAUGCAAUGUAAAAGCAUCACGUGCACCACUCCGUUUUCAAUCCCUCCUUUUCCUGUAUCUAUGGUAAUAUAUCAAUAUCAUCCCCAGGCAGUAUUGACCACAUUCGGGGUGAUAUUGAUAUUACCCAGGCAUGUACCAGAGGAGUUGGUCACAUAUCAACGGAGGAAUGCAUGCACGGAGACCAACCUCCUCUGGGCAUGUACAUGUACUGUAUUUAGACAACAGUAGUACAAUCCUUUGAUGUCUGACCACAUUUGAGCAUAUACAAAUGUACACACAAUUUCAGGCUUAUUCUCUGCUUGAUGAACAAUUUGAAGAACAAAAGACAAACCAUUAUCUGCUCUCGUACUUCAAUACCCUGGUCAAUACAGUUACCAUAUUGAUUGUCCUACCAAUUGUCAAUCAUGUAAUUCUGCCAUUCUUCAAUGUUUCUCUGAAAAUUAGACUUGGCAUAGGAUUGCUACUGAACCUUCUAGCAAUUGCUGCAGCCACAUAUCUCCAAGGAACAAUUGAAAAUUAUUCGGCGGAUGAUAGCACUGAUACGAAACAGCUUCUUUGGUUAUUCCUUCCGUCAAUUGUACUUGCUCUAGGAGAGAUGAUUACUUUCGUCUCAAGUUUGGAGUUCAUCUUCGCUCAGGCUCCAGAACAAAUGAAAGGGUUGCUGACGGGGCUGUUCUAUUUCAUGUUCGGAUUAUGUGAUGCCAUAUCAAGUACAUUCUUCUACCGCUACCCAACGGAUCCUACUAGUAAUAACGGGAUAAACUUCAGACUCUGGUUUUAUGUUACAUCCACUGUUAUUGCCUUGUUUGGGUUGCUGAUAUAUGCUGCUGUAGCAUGCUUAUACCGGAAUCGCCGUAGACCAUCCAACGAUGAAGACGAUUUACAGCGAAUUAUAUAUGCAGAAAAUGUCUAUAGUCAUUAGUGAUAGCGUCUAUAAGAUAAAUCUACGUGGACUAUCUAGAAUGUUGUAUAGAAUGUAUUAUUAUGUGUUGGCUGUGUAUACUUUUAAUAUUAACCGUAAUCGGCUAUUAUAAUUGCCAUUGUGAGGUGUACACAUGCAGUG